AUGAGCCACAGUUUAGUGCCCUUGCCUCUUAGAACAACUACACAUCAUCAGGACCCUCUGCUACAUGUCGAGCGGCAAGCGAAGCAUAUACAGCGUAAUCUGCAGCUUCUUAUAGACGCCCAAGGCGAGGGACUGCUAGCUGGCCUUGGAGGCCAACAACCGGAGGCAAGUGUGCUUGAAGACCAUGCGUCUUCUUCUCAGUCACAGCUUCAUAGUCCCCAGGGAGCUUCGACAGUGCCUGUUCGACAACCGCGGCAAAAAAAGAUUGGCUUGCGCGCGGCACGAGAGGGCAUUUUUACGUCCAUGCAGGACUUGAUGCGACUGCGGGAGGAGGAACUUGAAAUACUUGCCUCUAGGCAGGAGGACAUGAGCCAUGGUUUAACGGAGAUUGAAACAUUCACAACCAAACGAUGUGGACUAGAGAACAUCAUAGCAGCCAUCAACGACACUAGGGAGACUCGGCUAUCCAGGGAAUUGAGAGACGAGAGAUCCAGGCUCGAGGUUGAGAUACAUGAGUUGGAGAAUAAGCUGGCGCAAAUGAAGGCAAGGCACCGGCACGUCGUUGACGAACUGGCCCAGGUCGAAAAUUCCGUUGAUGCUAAAUUAUCGUCAUACAAGGCGUCUCUAUCUCUUCUCGAGACCGAUGUCCGAAGGUUUCUCGCAAGUCCUCCGGUCAAGCCAUCCGCAAACGGCACUUCCCAAGAGAACUUUUACUCGCUAAAGCCAAGUCGGCGGACGCUUGAGAUGGCCCAAGAGCAUUGGCAGAGGGAACAGUCUGAUUUGCAACACAGGCAAGAGGAAGUUGAUGCCGAGAUCGAGGCACUUGAAGAGGGCUGUGUUGUAUGGAAACGGGUGGUUGGAGAUAUAUCAGGGUUCGAAAAGCGCCUGCGGGCCAACAUGCGCCGUUCAAUGCAAGUCGAAGAGCAGUCGUCAAAAGGCAAGGAGGCGGUGCGCAGCCAAGAUGACCCAGUACAGCUCAUUAUAGAGGAUCUGGAACAGACGACAAAUCUUGUAGAAGGACAGCUGGACUACGCGCAGAGCAGAGAUUGGAAGCUCCUGGUUUGCUGCAUCUCAGCAGAACUGGAAGCACUACGCGAGGCUCGGGAAAUUCUCUCAGACAUUUUCCACGUCGCAGAGGUUGAAACCAACCCGUCUGCCGCCAGGGACUUGGAGGAGCCACACAAGAAUGCAGACAACAAUUCCCAGACUGAUCCUCUUGGAAUUGAUAACCCCGAGCCUCCAGCUGACCUGCUACGAGAUGUAAACAGCCAUUCGCAUGACGAUGCGAAAUCGGAGAGUGAGUAUGACGAACCGGACCCGGCUUGGUUGCUACCAGAAACUUGA